UUUUUAUAACAUUUGAAGUUAACAUACAAAAUACCCAAACUCUCAGAAAAUGGCAAACCACAGAAGAAGUUCACAUUCGCUGGGGGCGGAAUGCAGCACGUUCUUAACGGACUCCACGUUCACCAACAGAACCGCCGGUUCCGAGAAUAUUUCGAAAUUCACACUGGCCAACAUGGUAACGCUACCGUCCUCCUUGUCGCAGCCGACGACCCGUUCGAUUGCGCAGGCGCAGCUGAAUGCCACCUCGCCCAUGGGCAAGUACACGGAGCGCAUGGUGGAGGAGAUCCUGAACGAGAUCUUCCAGGAGCGACGCGGCGAGUUCCCCGAUACCUCCUCAUCCUGCCACCUGGCCGACAAGCCAUGGCCACGUGAGGAGCAGGAGCCACAUGUGGACAAACGCCUCCGCUACUGGAAGGAGGUGCUGCAGCAGCGCAGGAAGAUGCAGCAGCGCGUCCAGCGGGAGACGGGCAAGCUGGCCAGCGAGGUGCUCUUCAACCGCCGCUCCACGCUGGACAACCGCGAUGGGCAGACGGUGAAGAGGAUCCUGGACUACGCGGAUCGCAUGGAGUGCGAGCGACUGAUGGGUGCUCCAGUUGCCAAACUUGGUGAUCGGCAGGAUCCUUGCACCUGCCAGGUGAUUCCCGGUCUAGAGGCCACUCCUCCACAGGCCGAAAAGCUGGGCUACAAGGAUGUGGAGAUCAUUGGUCUGCCCGAGGUCAGCAAGCGGGAACUGCUGGGCAGGGAUGCCUUGGAGCAGAAGCCUCCACCCAGCUGGCUGCAAUCGGAGUUCCUGGACGAACGACUGGAGCAGCGCUUUCCGGCCAUCCAAAAUGUGGUGGAGUUCUUCCCCGAUGUUGACGCCUUGCAGAUUAAGGGAAGGGCUAUCAGAAAGCUUAUAAAGUCCCCAGAUACAGUCCUUAUGGAGGUGGACUCUCUCCACACGGUGACCAACAGCGACAGCCCUCCAAUUUGCUCCGAGGAGUGCAUAUGCGAGUCCUGUGGGGCCACGGAGGAGGAGUCUACGGAGGCUCCGCCUGUCGUACCGGAAAUUGGAUUACGGGUCAAUGGGGUGGACUACGUACCGGGUGAGGGAACCAGUGGAGGGAUCAAAGACUGCUACGAGAUCCUCACCCGGUUCACGUGUGAUCCAUUCCGGCGACGGCUUAAGCACGUCCUGAAGCUGACCAACAUUGGUCAGCAGACGCUAUCCUUCACCUGGAAACAGAGCACUUACUACUACAACCGGGGAUCUCUGCUCCUGGCCACGGACAACGAGUUCCACUUUGAUCUAGAUGGCUUCCGACUGGCUCACGGUGAGACUCGGGACCUGGCCGUGCUCUACCAGCCGCGCAAGGUGGCCAUGACCAUGGAGUUGUGGUUGCUUCAGGUGGAACCGCGUAUCUUCUGCGGCCGCCAGGAAUCGCUGCUGCUCCGCCUCCAUGGACGCUGCUCCCCGCCGGCGGACUACAUGGCGAAGCUACUGGAGUGCCAGUGCGCCUGCAUCUGCAAGUCGGAUGCGGUGGCCAUGGGCAAGCUGACCACACAUCUGGGUGCACUGGCUCCCUUGGUGGUGCCUCCUCCGGCUUGCUGUCCCUACGAUCGACCUCUGGACGAUCGGGAGGCGUUUAACGCCCUGAAUCCAGGAUAUAACUGCGUUCGUUUCGACGACCUGGAGGUGCUCCGUGCUUUCUAUCAUCGUAUGAAGAAGCCAAGGGAGCCACUGUGGGACCUACGCCUGUCCACGAUCAAGGACUACAUUCUGCAGAUGAAAAAUGUGUUGGAGCGGGAGAAAAUCUUUGCCGAGUUUACCGAUCUUCUCUCACCUCUGCUGGGAUCCUCUUUGAAUACCCCCUCCGCCCAGCGGGAUGAUCAAAAGCAACGUUCCCGGUUCAUCUACGUGCGUGGUGUGAUCUGCAAUGGAAUCGCCGAGUGGGAGGAUCUCAUGUACAACGUGCAGGACUCAUUCUUCAAGCCGGAGUUACAGCGGUACUACCAAAGUUUGCUCGGCGAAUCGGAAGAGGGCGAUGGAGAAUCAGAUGGGGAAGAGCCUCAUCAACCAAGGCCAAUGACGCCCAUCGACAAGGAGAAACUCAUGGAAAUUAUCGGAGAAACGGAAUUGGACGAGGAAAAGAUCCGGGUGGCAGUGAUGCGAAGCUUAUACAAGUCCAAGUACUUCCGGGACUCUCUAUACAUCCAAACUUACUCACAUCUGUGCAACAUGUCCGAGGACAUUGUGUCCGUCAUAGAGAGCACAGAAGCGAUCCCGUAAAGAGUUUGGAGAACUUCAGG